CGCGCGCGCCUCCUUGCCCUUCUUCACCCUUUCCUCCCGGACCCGGCGUCUCCGUGCCCGUGCGUGCCUUCUCCGGCCUGCGGUCUCCUCCACCGGCCACCGCUGCCUCGCAAUUGGGCAAGGCAAUCAGACCGCCCCCAUCAACCGCCCUGACCGCGCGAGGGAGAUCAAACGCGGAGGCCGUCCAUCCCUCCCGCGUCAUCGUGAUGCCAGGCCUCGCCGCAGCCGAGCAGGACGCCGUCUCGCUGGUGCGGCGCGUCGCCCGCGCCCUCAACCGCCGCUUCACCGACAUCGUCGCGCUGCUCUUCAGCCACAAGGGCGCUGGAUCGCUCGGCGCCGUCGCGGGGUUCGCCAUCGCCGUGGUGUUCGCGUGGAAGUUCCUGCGCCCCCGCAGACGUGCUCCCAAGCGGCCCCCACCUACCCCUGCAGCGGCUCCCGCUGCGACUGUGCCUGAUGCGGCCGAGCCUAUCGGUGACUCAGGCAAGGUAGUAACACGGGAAAUUGUGGUGAAGCGACUGAAAGGCUGCAGAAAGGUUACAUGCCAACUUCUCGGUGUUGUUUUUGAGGAGACAAUUCCUGAGGAGCUUCAGAAACAUGCCACCGUUAGACCCUCCGUGGUAGAGCUGCUACUGGAAAUAUCCAGAUAUUGUGAUCUCUACCUAAUGGAGACUGUAAUUGACGAUAAGAGCGAGGAAAAUGCUCUCAUGGCCCUGGAGACCUCUGGACUUUUCAGAACUGGUGGCCUGAUGAAAGAGAAGGUGCUCUUUUGCAGCUCUGAAGUUGGUCGAACUUCAUUUGUUCGACAGUUGGAAUCAGAUUUUCACAUAGACACGAGCCUUGACAUAGUUUCUCAACUAUCUCGGUUCAUUCGAUGCCAACUAUUUAUUUCCACGGUGGAAGGAGAACAGCUUGCAGGCAACGUAUUCAAUUCUCCAAGUCUUGAGCAGUUCUUCUCUUGAUGGCGGGACGCAAAGAAAGGCCUUCUGCACUCCAAACAAAUGUGCUGAUUUCACAAUUGUGACUUGUGAGUUGUAGGCUUCUAGCGCCCCCCGGCCUGGACGCAACAGACACCCUACAACUGUUGGAGUUCAGUUGUGAUCAUGCAAGAUGUAUAUUAAACAGACAAUAAUAAGUUGGUAAAAAAUAUUCAUAUUUAUUUAUUAUUUCU